GACACACGCGCGCCGGAUGUGCGUGUAAGAGACGAAUUGAAUAUUAUAUUAUUUUAAUUUCAGAAGGAAACAUGGUAUUGAGCUUCGUUUUUGGGCUAUUUGACCCCAAAACUUGAAGGCCUUAUAUGUGAUGAUUUCUCGCGGGAAACAACGGCUCCAAGGUGGACGAAUGGCCAUUAAUGACUGGUGACUUUGGAAAACAUGUGUUUUACUUUAAUUUAUUAAUUAAAAACAGGGCAACUAUUAAUUAUUUAAUACAAAAACGUACGAACCCUAUCUCUUUGCCUGUCUCCUUGUUGAGGAGUAAAAAAGGCUACCGAACAAGGGAACUUGAGGCAGCGAAUUUUACACACAGAGGCAUGAGCUGCAUCCGAUAUGGUGAGGGAGGAAAGGGUAUGGCGGAUGGUGGGUGUUCUGUAUCUAGCAUCGAAGGUGUUCACGAUUCAUACAUCGUUGUAAUCUCUGGACGGUGGAUUAUGUACGACACUGGUGACUGGGAUUUUAAACUUGAUAGCGACCGUAUGGGGAGGGCUGUCUAUGCGAAGUUGAUAACUUCUGUUGAAGACUUGAAGCGGGCCAUUAUUGAGUCAUACGGUCUAGUUGGAAUGUCUGUUGCCGUUGAGAUGUCAUAUUGGCUUGGUGAACACGGAUCUUGUGUUGUUGGUGAAAGAGAAGCUCCUGUUCAAAUUUCCAACGAUAAGGAUUUCGACUUGUUUACUUCGGCACGUAAGGUGGACAAGUACAUCAACGUAUUUGUCACAUUCAAAGAGGAAAUAGAUGGGAAAAUCCAUUUUCUGAGGCCAAUGGGGAAUCUUUUGAAGUCCAAAGAAGAGGAAGUUGAGGAGGGGUUAAAGGAAACACCUCCAUCCAGCCCUCUCAAACGCCGCCGCACAAGCCCCGAUCACCGCAGUAGCAAACGUGCUCGCAAGGCGGAGAGAAAAGGUGACCCGGAGGAUGAGGGUUAUGGAUACCCCGGCGAAGAAGAGACGGGGUUAAAGGACGAUGAUGAAGGUGACUACUGGGAGUGGUUGCAGAUGGACACGGACGUGGAUGACGACGCUUCCGACUGGACCGACGACACAUUGGGUUCUGGGCAGUUCAGGAUGGACAACUACCCAGACAGCUCCGGCACCGACUCCAGCACCUACGAAUACUAA